AUGGGGAGAGGGAAGAUUGCAAUCGAGAGGAUCGAGAAUGCAACGAACCGUCAGGUGACCUUUUCCAAGAGGCGUGGCGGGCUGAUGAAGAAGGCCCGGGAGCUCGCUAUCCUGUGCGAUGCCGAUCUCGCACUCAUCGUCUUCUCCAGCACAAGUCGCCUCUACGACUAUGCAAGCUCGAGCGGCAUGAAGGCAAUACUAGAGCGCUACCAUGAGGCAAAAGAGGAGCACACUAGGGUUUUGAAUCCAACAUCAGAGGCAAAGUUAUGGCAGAGGGAGGUUGUAAACUUGAGGCGGCAAGUGCAAAACUUACAACACAGUAAUAGCCAACUAUUGGGAGAGGAACUAUCUGGCUCAAAUGUUCGGGAUCUGCAGUUUCUCCAGAACCAACUUGAGAUUAGUUUGCAUUCUGUAAGAAAGAGGAAGGAGCAACUUCUGGCCGUGGAGAUCCAAGAACUCAACCAAAAGGGGUUUCAUAUUGAGAAGGAAAACAUAGAACUUUGCACCAAGCUGAGAAUUGCUCAUGAACACAAGAUGGAACUACAGAAGAAGAUUUCUGGAGGACUCAGAUCGAGUGAGCAGCAGACUGGCGCAAGCAGCUCAAAAAUGAGAGUACGUGAACCAAGUAUUGACCUUGAGUUGUGCCAGCAGGAGCAGGAUGACGAAUAACACAUAAUAUCUCGUCAACAUCAUGCCUGGACGAUGUCGCAGCUCAUCAAUCUUUGUGCAUACACCUUGUACGGUGCACGAGGAGUCAAGAAACA